AUGAUAAAGUUUGAUAAAAAAAAAAAUGAGCAAACGAAGAUAGAAAGCAAUAAAAAAAAAUUUAAAUUUAAAAAUGAGUAUAAAUAUGUGGAUGCAACAAAUGUAUUAAAAAAUAUUUUUCUAAAAGAUAAAAAGAAAGAAAAUUAUUCAAAAAAAGUAGCACCACCAAAAAAGGUUAUUGUAAAUAAAAAAUUAAACGAUUUUAUUAAUAAUAAAAAAAGUCUGCAAUUAGAUAUUAUCGAAAAAAGAGAUAAAAUAAUUAAUUUAUCAAAUAAAGAAAACAAAAGAAAAAACAAUGAAGAAAAAAAUGAAAAUUCUAAUAAAUACAGUAUAGAUAAAUCAUUUUAUUACAAUAAGAACAAAAAGGUAGAUAUUCCUUUAAACUUCAUGAAAAGUAAUUCUACAAAAAAAAACAUUAACUUACCUAUUGUAUAUACCAGAAAAAAAAAGAUUUAUUCUUCAUCUGAAAGCUCUGCAAGUGAAAAAACAGGAAAUGGGAAUGGAAUAGAAAAGGAAAAUGUUGAAAAAAGGGAAAUUGAAGAAGAAAUAGAAGAAUAUGAGGAAGAAAUAGAGGAAGAUGAAGAAGAAAUAGAGGAAGAUGAAGAAGAAACAGAGGGAGAUGAAGAAGAAAUAGAAGAAUAUGAAGAAGAGAUAGAGGAAGAUGAAAAAGAAAUAGAGGGAGAUGAAAAAGAAAAAAUAAAGGAAGAUGAAGAAGAAAUAGAAGAAUAUGAAGAAGAAAUAGAAGAAGAUGAAAAAGAAAAAAUAGAGAAAGAUGAAGAAGAAAUAGAAGAAUAUGAAGAAGAAAUAGAAGAAGAUGAAAAAGAAAAAAUAGAGGGAGAUGAAGAAGAAAUAGAAGAAUAUGAAGAAGAAAUAGAGGGAGAUGAAGAAGAAAUAGAGGGAGAUGAAAAAGAAAUAGAAGAAUAUGAAGAAGAAAUAGAGGGAGAUGAAGAAGAAAUAGAAGAAUAUGAAGAAGAAAUAAAAGAAGAUGAAAAAGAAGAAAUAGAGGAAGAUGAAGAAGAAAUAGAAGAAUAUGAAGAAGAAAUAGAAGAAUAUGAAGAAGAAAUAGAGGGAGAUGAAGAAGAAAUAGAAGAAUAUGAAGAAGAAAUAAAAGAAUAUGAAGAAGAAAUAAAAGAAGAUGAGAAAGAAAAAAUAGAGGAAGAUGAAGAAGAAAUAGAAGAUGAAGAAGAAGAAAUAAAGGGAGGUGAAGAAUUAAUAGAAGAAGAUGAAAAAAAAGAAAUAGAUGGAGAUGAAGACGAAGAAAUAGAAGGAUAUGAAGA